AUGGCCCGCACUAAGCAAACCGCUCGCAAGUCUACAGGUGGUAAGGCACCUCGUAAGCAGCUCGCUGCAAAGUCUGCACGCAAGACAGCAGCAGCAACUACGACUGGCGGUGUGAAGAAGCCUCAUCGUUUCCGCCCUGGAACUGUUGCCCUGCGUGAAAUUCGCCGGUAUCAGAAAUCGACUGAACUCCUUAUCCGUAAAUUGCCGUUCCAACGGCUAGUCCGUGAAAUCGCUCAAGAUUUUAAGACGGACCUGCGUUUCCAAUCGUCUGCGGUUAUGGCUCUUCAAGAAGCGGCAGAAGCAUAUCUUGUCUCGCUUUUCGAAGACACUAACCUUGCUGCCAUUCACGCGAAGCGAGUCACCAUCCAGCCUAAAGACCUAGCAUUGGCUCGUCGGUUGCGCGGCGAGAGAACAUGA